CCGCGGAAGUGGCCUGGCCUCCUCCCUAAGCGUGGCCAGUGCUGACCCUGCUGUGCCCUGCCCUUGUAUCCCUCUGCCAUUCCCUCUCGCCCACCCCUCUGUGCUGCCCUCAGACUCUAAAUGGGUGUCUCCCCAGAGAGGGCAGCGAGGGGUGGAGGGGUGAGCCCCAGCAUCCAUCCCGCUACCUUGCCUCCUGCCGCCUGUCCCCACCCGCCUCUGACCCUGCCCAGCCAGGGCCCAGGGGUCCACGGAUCCCAGAUCCCUCUUGGGAGGGGAUGCCGGAGGAGGAGCUGGUGCUCAAGUCCCCAGAGACUGCAGACAGGAUGCCCUCCUGGCUCUCAUUUCCUCCCCAAUGUAAUCUUUUCCGACCCCGGAGGCUGUGGUUCAGCUGCCUUUUCCCUUGUCCCAGGGCAUAGCCCUCCACCACCCCCCACCACCGUCUCCCCCAAUCCCAGUCCCUCUCAGAAACCCCAAGUUCCUCCCGGGCAAGCACUGUGCUGCUCACGAGACUUCCGGUUUGGGUAAUCAAGCCCUGGCCCAUGACAAGUGACAAGGCCAAACCCAGGCCUGUGAUUCUUUCCCCUUCUGAGGUCUGGCACGCUGCCAGGUGCCCUCUUUCUGAUUAACUUUGUGGUCUCUGGGCGGGGAUUCGGCUCACUGUAACAUAAACAGCUCUCCUGCCGACACCUCACCUCCCAGAAACAGCGGAGAAUCUGCCUGGACCCUCAUCUUCGGAUGGGAUUCCCACUGGAGGCUCCCAGAGCCCCAGCCAUGCAGCCCCUGCACUAGGGCCGGUCUUAGCACGGACUGCCAUCGGUUGGCUUAAACAACAGAAAUGUAUUUCUCACAAUUCUGCAGGCUGAGAAUCCAAGGUCAGGGGCCAGCUUGGCUGGGUUCCACUGAGGGUCCACUUUUGGCUUGCAGCGGAUGAUGGUGGCUUUGAGAGUGGCGCGUAUAACAACAGUGCUAUUGCCACCCCGCACCUGGACGCCUUGGCCCGCCGGAGCCUCCUCUUCCGCAACGCCUUCACCUCCGUCAGCAGCUGCUCUCCGAGCCGUGCCAGCCUCCUCACUGGCCUGCCCCAGCAUCAGAAUGGGAUGUACGGGCUGCACCAGGACGUGCACCACUUCAACUCCUUCGACAGGGUGCGGAGCCUGCCGCUGCUGCUCAAGCAGGCCGGCGUGCGCACAGGCAUCAUCGGGAAGAAGCACGUGGGGCCGGAGACCGUGUACCCGUUCGACUUUGCUUACACCGAGGAGAACAGCUCCGUCCUGCAGGUGGGGCGGAACAUCACGAGGAUUAAGCUGCUUGUCCGGAAAUUCCUGCAGACUCAGGACGACCGGCCUUUCUUCCUCUACGUCGCCUUCCAUGACCCCCACCGCUGUGGGCACUCCCAGCCCCAGUACGGAACCUUCUGUGAGAAGUUUGGCAAUGGAGAGAGCGGCAUGGGUCGCAUCCCAGACUGGACCCCGCAGGCCUAUGACCCACAGGACGUGCUGGUGCCUUACUUCGUCCCCGACACCCCGGCAGCCCGAGCCGACCUGGCUGCUCAGUACACCACCAUCGGCCGCAUGGACAAAGGAGUUGGACUCGUGCUCCAGGAGCUGCGUGACGCAGGUGUCCUGAAUGACACACUGGUGAUCUUCACAUCCGACAACGGGAUCCCCUUCCCCAGUGGCAGGACCAACCUGUACUGGCCGGGCGCCGCCGAGCCCUUCCUGCUGUCAUCCCCGGAGCACCCGAAACGCUGGGGCCAGGUCAGCGACGCCUACGUCAGCCUCCUAGACCUCACGCCCACCAUCCUGGACUGGUUCUCCAUCCCCUACCCCAGCUAUGCCAUCUUUGGCUCGAAGACCAUCCAGCUCACUGGCCGGUCCCUUCUGCCAGCGCUGGAGGCCGAGCCCCCCUGGGCCACCGUCUUCGGCAGCCAGAGCCACCACGAGGUCACCAUGUCCUACCCCAUGCGCUCUGUGCACCACCAGAACUUCCGCCUCGUGCACAACCUCAACUUCAAGAUGCCCUUUCCCAUCGACCAGGACUUCUACGUCUCACCCACCUUCCAGGACCUUCUGAACCGCACCGCAGCCGGGCGGCCCACGGGCUGGUACAAAGACCUCCAUCGUUACUACUACCGGGCACGCUGGGAACUCUACGACCAGAGCCGGGACCCCCAUGAGACCCAGAACCUGGCCACUGACCCACGCUUUGCUCAGGUUCUGGAGAUGCUUCAGGCCCAGCUGUCCAAGUGGCAGUGGGAGACCCACGACCCCUGGGUGUGCGCCCCUGACGGCGUCUUGGAGGAGAAGCUCUCUCCCCAGUGCCAGCCCCUCCACAACGAGCUGUGACCACCCCGGGAGGCCUGUGCCCAUGUCCCACACAUAUCCCUAUGGGGCCAGCCUGGGGAGCAGUGACGACAGCCCUUCCCACUACACACCUGUCCAGGGUGGGUCCUUCUUCCUGCAGGGUGUCACACCCGCCAAUGCCUGGAGGGGGACCAGAGCAUGUGCCCAGCCCCUCCACCGCCAGGGGCACUGCUGUCAUGGCAGAGGACACGGCUGUCUCGUGUCUGAACCACAUCCCGGCACCAGAAUUCUAGCCAUGACAUGCAGACAGGGCGGCAUCCCCAGCCCAUGGCAAGGAGGUCUGUUUUCUGGCUUGGUUUGGGGACCUGCAAAUGGGAGGCUUGAGGCCUCUUCAGGCUUCGGCACCCACAGACGCUUCUGAGCCCCUCAGAGAGCAGGUGGGGGCUUCGGUGCCGCAUGAGCAGCGGGCAGAGUGGGUCCCGGCUACACUCGCCUUCGAGCACAGCGCCUGGCUCUUCCCAGCCUCUGGCCCAGCAGAAGCCUUUGAAUGACCCUUGGCCAGGUUUCUGCUUCUGUUUUGCCCCACAGUCAAGCACCAGGUCCCCAGGCAGGUUUCAGCUGGUUGGCAGCAGGCUCCCUGAGUGAUGAGUGUUUCUGGGCAGAAGCGUCUCUCUUCUGAGAGCGUCUGAAGAUGAAGGCAUGGCGAUGCCCUGUCCUCCGGCUUGGGUUAAUUCUUGGGUGGCACCGGCACUGCUGGGGGGACACGCCAUUCCCGCCUUGCCUCUGCCACCUCAGGAGCAGAAGCUGGGCCUGGACACCCCUCAAAGGAGAGGGCACUUCCUUGAGUGGGGGGGCUGCCCUUGCCCUUUCUGCCCUCACUCCAUACUGGGGUGGGCUGGAGGGAGCCACAGAACAGCUACUGUAAAAGCUUUUUAUUUUAGUAAAAUAUA